AUGGCUGCUCUGAAUCCUCCCCAUUUUACACGGCGGGUAUUCAUCCGAUACUUUUGCCUCUACCACCUGCUACUAUCUCUCCACCUGCCUCCCCGUGCUUCCUCGCUUUCGUUCAACUCUAAUUUUUCCCUGCCCCGCAGCUACAACCCACAAGAUUUCAUCCUUCAGGGCGAUGCAUACUUCGACUCCCAGAUGAUCGAGCUGACAAAGAACGAGCAGAGCCAAGAAAACCAUGACAGCGUGGGCCGCGUGGUGUACGCGCAGCCGGUGCCGCUCUGGGAUGUCGCCACCGGCAAGCUCGCAACAUUCAACACCACCUUCUCCUUCCAAAUCAAGCCUGAGGGCAGCGCAGUUACCGGCGACGGCAUGGCUUUCUUCAUGGGCCACUACCCAGCGACAAGCAUCCCGAACCCCAUUGAGAAUGGCAGGAACCUCGGCCUCUUCACCAACAACAGCAACACGAAUGCCACCGGCAACGACCGGAUCCUGGCGGUUGAGCUGGACACCUUUUUGAACAACGGCAUAGACACCAGCAGCAGCCACAUCGGCAUCGACGUCAACUCCAUAAUCUCGCGGGUGUACACCAAUGUGACGGUGCCCGGCAAGAACCUGACGUCUGGUCUCCCUGUGACCUGCGAGGUUAGCUAUGACAAUAACACACAAGUUUUAACCGCCACUCUCAAGGUCGGUGACGUGGCCUACCACGUCGACACCAGUGCCGACCUGAGGCAGCUCUUGCCUAGUGUCGUGGCCAUCGGCUUCUCUGGUGCAACCGGGGCAGCCGUCGAGCUACACCGGGUACUGUCUUGGUCAUUUGACUCCACUUUAGAUGUGUCUCCAGAGCCUCAACCACCACCUGCUGCUGCUAAGAGCCACUCAAUGCUCCCCUGGCCCUCGAUACUAGGUAUUACUGGUGGCUGUGCAGCACUAUUACUACUUUCUAUGUUGGCCGUGGUCUUGUAUCGCCGCCGGCACCGGAAGUCCACACGAAAUAACCUAGAUGAGGCUCCUCCUACCCCUACAGCUGCUGUUCCCAUGCAGAUGCAGGACGUGGUACUAGUGGACCCGGUAAACAACUUGGCUAGCAUCGCCAGAAGUUUCCAGUAUGAUGAGCUUGUCGAAGCGACAAACAACUUUGCUGAGGAUACGAUGCUGGGAAGAGGGGGCUUUGCAUCCGUGUAUCGGGGCCAAUUGACUAAUCCAGACAAACUGGUGGCGAUAAAGAAGUUCAAUGGGCUGAGGGGAAAGGGGACAUUCCAGGCUGAAAUCCAGGCCAUCAGUGGACUGAGGCAUCGGAACCUGGUAGAGUUAGUAGGCUGGUGCAAUGAUGUCGGCAACAACCAUCUGUUGCUAGUUUAUGAGCUUGUAUCACAGGGUAGCCUCGAGGAACAUUUGCAUGAGAACAAGAGCUGGUUGUCAUGGCCCAAGAGGUACAGGAUCAUCCGUGACAUAGGGUGUGCCCUAGAGUACAUCCACAAACAAUGCAAUGAUUGUGUCUUGCAUGGUGACAUUAAACCUUGUAACAUAUUGCUCGACGAAAGGUAUCAAGCUAAGAUUACAGACUUCGGUUUGGCAAGGCUGAUUGAUCACGAAACCAAGCAGAAGACGACACUGUAUCUAGCCGGGACCCCAGGGUAUAUAGACCCGGAAUUUUUGGAAACGGGCAAGCGGAGUAGGGAGUCAGAUGUCUAUAGCUUUGGCAUCGUUUUGCUGGAGAUUGUUUCAGGCCGGCGUCCAGCUGGCAGCCGAUUGCUAACAGAGGUAAGGAAUCGGCACCGCAGAAACGCGGUCGUUGAAGCAAUAGAUCCACGGCUGCUGGACGAGUCAACCAGCAGGGAUCACGACGAACGCAAGAUGGAGCGUGUGCUGCUCAUCGGGAUCUGGUGCACACACCCCGACCCAACCAAGCGUCCACUCAUCGCAGAAGCCAUGAAGUCACUCGAAUCAAACGAUGAGAAUUUGGAGAUCCCUGCACUGCCGCAUCAUGUGGCUGAGCCAUUAGGUCACAGCGCCUCCUCAAGUAAGACUUCUAGCGUGCACGCCUCCACAGCUCAUGAUCAAGAUUUUCUAGCUCGUUAG